AUUUUCAUUGCCAAGCUUAAAUGUUUCAGGAUACUUUAUGCCUCGGUUCUUUUUGGAUUGCUUCAUUUUCUGCUAUUAUUGCUAAAUGGUUGCAAUACAAGCCUGUGAAGAAAGAGUCAUUGAUGAUCAUGCCAGCUUUUGGCAUUCAGCUAGAACAACACUUCUGGAGUGGAAGAGUGCAUCGCCAAUUUGUGCCCGUCAGCAAGCUCCUAAAGUCGCUGCUGAAUGAGUGUGUGACCCCUGUUACAUGUUACUGGAGCUUGGCGGUGCUUUUAUGCGAUGAGGAUGAGCUCAUGCUUGUUUUCAAGAAACUGCAUCCACCGGUCAAAAUCUUGGUCCCGAUCUGGAAAGCUUUGUGCACAUUCACAAACUCCGACAGCAUUAGCCUUUCUGAAGUUCCUCGACCAGAUGAUUUGCAUGAACAUGUUGAUCAGGAUGGUGCUGUGGAGUCAUGAAUAGCACAUGGAAACUAUUCCCUGAAGCGUUUCCUACCAAGUGACAGCAUGAUGCUCAGUUUUGUCACCACUAACUGAAGAUAAAUUAUCAAGUGGAGAAUGUUAGUGAUACUACCAGGGCUCUGAUCAUUCGUCCGAACAGGCUAAAUUAUUUUCUGCUUAGCUGCAUAAACUGAGUGACCCACUUGUAACACUGGCCAUGUGUGGUUCUGACUUGUGAAAAUUCAUAACAGGAUGUACCGUGCUGUUGUUCAGAUGAA